AGUCAGCCAACAUGAGAGGCAAACAAUCUUCUGAAGUUAUUUAUUUACAUAACAACACAUCACUGGCUUAUAUAUAGUUUCGCUACGAUGUAAUCAUAUUUUGACAGAUGAUUAGGUAGAGUUUACAACGUGUGUUCCAGGUUAAACAUCAGCCAAAAUGUAUGGUCGAGCCCCCCGAGUUACGUGUUUUACGGGGAAUACCUCGACCAACUUGGGACCAGGAUCAUAUGAGGUCAGCCAUUUCCAAACUGUUUCAUCUGAUGGCUAUGCACCGUUUCUGUCGCUUACAAAGCGCCAAUCCUUGUUUCAUCGCUCUAGUGAUGAGUUGACAGGUCCAGGCCCAGGACAGUACAAUGCCGAGGUCAAGAGUCAUGUUAUUGGAGGGCAGAGUCUAAAGAAUCGCUGCAAACGCUUUAAGGAGAAGCCCACACCUGUGCCAGGACCAGGAUCAUACGAACUUUCCAUCACAACUACAACUAAACCUAAAACGACUUUACGCAAGGAACAUUCAAAAGCGGUAGUGCCAUAUCGCAUUAAGUUUAUUCAGCAACCUGGCAUCCCUUCCAUCCCAUCUCCUGGUCAGUCGUAUGGAUAUGAGGAGAAUAACCAAGGAUUGCUAUGCAAACAGAACCCUCCAGAGAAGGAUGGUACACUAGGACCGGCCUUCUACAACCCGCUGGAGUCAGAGAAGUCCUCGGCUCACAAGUACAAAGGGAUUCAUUUUGGAAAUAGGACUGGGAAACGCAAGGACCAGAAGGUGUCUGAAGGCCCUGCCCCCGGACAAUAUGAUCCAGAUUUGCAACUGGUCCCCUGCUAUGAGAAUGUGAACCUGCGUAGAGAGAAGAGCCGUGCAGAACUGGUCAUCCCUCGCUACCACGAGAUAGUGUCCCAGCAGGAGGAGAAGAAGGGUGUGCCAGGUCCGGGACAGUACUACAUCAAGAGUCAAUUUGAGAAGACCAGCAGUCCGUACGGAGCUCCUCUGGGUCACGUUCCUCCGUUCCUCUCCCAAGCAGAGCGCUUCACCCCAGUGAGGGAGGUGGCGCCCCCUGUGGGCACCUAUAAUGACCCGCGCCACGCGCUGGAGCUGCUGCAGAAGAGCACCGGGGCCAAAAGGAGUGGCUUUGGACUCACUGCACUGCGCUUCUCCCAACCAAAGACCAAACCGCACACUCCAGGGCCUGGGGCGUAUAACAUCUUUGACUACGGCUUGGCGCAGGAGAGCAUCAAGAAGGCCAUCGUGGACAGCACCAAGAAAGGAGCCUUCGGAUCCACUGCCAUACGCAGCCCCGUGUUCAUCAACAAGUCAGACCCGCACAUACCAGGACCGGCAGAGUACCAGGUGACCAAGAGGGUUGAGGAGCCGUAUAAGAAGAAGCAGACGGCCGUGUUCAAGUCCGAAACCAAACGCCUAUCGACACCACCCACGGUCUUGGACACUCCUCCGCCCAGCCUGUAUAACGUGCGAGAGGCGUACGAGAAGGCGUACGGCCACAAGCCCAACAUGGUGCCCCGCAACGAGGAGGCCAAGAGGAGACAGGGCUCCUUCCUCAGCGCAGCGCCCAGGAAGCUGACCCUGAUACGCUCGACAUCACCCAUACCAGGCCCUGGUCAUUACAACCCUGAGAUCAAGUCGAGCGCCAGAUUGGCGUUGAUCGCCUCUCGAGAGGACCGCUUCAAGACCCAGAACGACAUGACCCCUGGCCCUGGGACCUACCAGCUGGCCCCCACGAUAAUGGACACGGUGCUUAAGGGCACGUUCAAUGUGACCCUGCACAACCCACUGAUGGUGCAGAACGCCAUGCUGCAGUCUCACCCCGCCAUGGACAACCUCUCCAUCCACAGCACGUAGCGCCGACCAACUACACCCCACCAUAUCCCCCUUGUAGUACCCCACUCACCCCCCCCACUCCCAUAUUCCUGCCCGGACCAAUACCGUUCCCACCAACCCCCACCCCACCAUAUCCUCCAUGUAGCCCACCCACUCCCAUAUUCCUGACCUCCUUACCAGGUCAACACCAUUCACAACGACCUCACCCCACCAGUGGCCAAUACCGCCAUGCUGUAUUCCUCACCUGACCAUUCCUCAUCACGCCCCACACACACAAACACACACCUCACUACACCAACACUAUUCCCAUUAACAACCUGCCCCACCCCCAAAAAUCUUCAUCGGUAGAACCCAACACCCUCAUAUUUCUCACCAGACCAAUACCAUUCCCAACAACCCACCCCUCCAAAAUCCUUGUCGGCUGCCACCCCCACACACCCCACCAGAAGCCAACACCCCCAUAUUCCUCACCGCACAUGCCCAUAAACCCACCCACCCAGCGCCACCCCCCGGGGGGUAAGAGGGCAUGAUUUCAUAAUUGGAAUUCAGAGUUUCUAUUCAACCUUGUUAAAUCCCCAUAGCCCCCAAAAAGACACAACUCAAUUGUUUUCUUUCCAUGAAAUUGAAUAAAAUGACACGAACAAAUAAAAGCGGUGCAGGAAUGUG